AUGUCUCAACCUAAAUUGUUCACCCCUAUUAGUGUCGGAGAUAUGAUUCUAUCUCAUCGAAUUAUCCUGGCCCCCUUGACUCGAUUCAGGGCUGAUAAUGAACAUGUGCACCAUGACAUUGCUGUAGAAUACUAUUCACAGCGUGCUGCCACCCCUGGGACCUUGCUGAUAUCGGAAGCUGCCCUUGUUUCUCCGGAGGCAGGAGGGUAUGAUAACGUUCCUGGAAUCUGGAAUGAGAGGCAGAUUGUAGGGUGGAAAAAGGUUGUAGACGCAGUUCAUAAGCGAGGAUCAUAUAUCUUUUUGCAGCUGUGGGCUAGUGGCCGGGCCGCCGAUCCAAGAGUAUUAGAAAAGGAAGGACAUCCAUAUGUUUCGUCCUCACCAUCAUUUAUUGAACGACCUGGAUACCCAAGCUUGAUACCAAGGGAGCUCAGCAAACGUGAAAUAAGGGAUUAUGUCGAGAGCUAUGCUCGGGCUACGAAAAAUGCAGUGUACGAGGCUGGGUUUGACGGAGUGGAAAUUCACGCGGCCAACGGAUAUCUGAUUGAUCAAUUCAACCAGGACGUUUGUAACAAGAGGACCGACGAGUAUGGCGGUAGCAUUGAGAACCGAAGCCGGUUUGUAUUGGAAGUGCUGGAAGCUGUAGUCAAAGAGGUGGGAAUGAAACGAACUGGAAUCAGAUUUUCCCCUUGGGCCAGGUUUCAGGGAAUGCGGAUGAAGAAUCCUAUCCCUACAUUUGCUUACUUGGUUUCAGAGAUAGCACAACGGUACUCUGACCUUGCGUAUCUACACUUUAUCGAGCCAGUAGCUUCGGGCUCAAGUGGUGCGGAAGAUGAAUCUAGAGAUAGAGACCCCGUUAAUGGAAUGCUCACCUCUAAUGAUUUUGCUCGAGUUAUCUGGCAGCCUCGUCCGUUCUUCAGUGCCGGAGGGUUCAGACCCGAGUCGGCUUUCCUUGAAGCCGAGACCAAGGACAUUUGUGUAGUCUUUGGACGCUACUUCAUCUCUAACCCCGAUUUGCCUGAGCGACUUCGUCACGGGGCACCUCUUUCCGCUUAUAACCGAGGCACUUUCUACACUCCUGGCCCCGAGGCAGCAAAAGGUUAUGUAGACUACCCGGAAGCAGGGCGCGAAAGGGGUCCAACCAAGGUUAACGCGAUUUAA